AUGGCCUGCAUCUUCGGGUCCCAUCGACGAGUGAACAGUUGCGUUGACCGCAAACAAACCAAGUGUAGUCUUCUGGGUGAUGAGCUGUUGACUCAUCUAAGUUGUAACUGUCCUCAAAAUCGUGUUAACACCGGUCCCCUGUGUGAGACUGUGCGUGUGAACUUUGAAAACCUUCAAACUCCAUUGACUGCAAUCAGAGAAGUCACUCCCACCCUGCCGCUUCACAUCUCACUGGAAUUUAUAUGCAAGGAUUUUCGCGGAACAGGCGUACUAUUCACUCUCGGUGAUUACAAAAAAGGACUGGUACUUGAGUUGGCUUUGAAUUACGGGCAACCUGUAAUCGCUCUGAAUAGCAGGAGGCAGACUGCAACUGUUGGCUCCCUUCACGACAACGAGUGGCAUCGCCUGGAUCUUUUCAUGGCAAAAACUCCAAUCGGUGUCGACGUCACUCUAAUUGUUGAUCGAUGCGUUGAUAAACGGAGAUGUGGCCGAAAACUGACCUUCAAUGGAAUCACCACCACCUCCUCAACGAUUUCAGGACCCCUGGCACUCAACACUCCCUCUAUUGAUGGCCACCGUCUAAGUGAACUCUGCUUGGAGAAUAUUGUCAUUAAUUCAGAGCUAGUGGAUCUCUUCGAGGCUACAACAAUGAGACUUCGUGCCCGGGGGUGUCCCAAAUGCGAGGAGGCCUGUUUCUUCAGCGAAGCUUUCAACAGUGCCGGUCGAUGUGGCAGUGAGGGCAUCUGUCGCAAUCCCAUUGUCGCCGCUAUUGAUCAGUAUGUGUGUACAUGCCGACCCGGCUACCAGCCUGUCCUACAGAAGGAUCAUUUUAAUGGCAGUCCCCUCAACACCAGUAUCCCCUGUGCUCAGCGUGAGUUGAGUGAAAUGCCGAUGGCCGAUUUUACGCCCUUAGCAUUGUGCCCUGAAGAUAUCCGAAUGCGUGCCAUUCCAACAGUGGGUUCAUUAUGA